UUCCGGCAGUCUUAUUGGCCAUUCAAUCCCGAUUCCUCCUCCUUCGGCGGAGACAGCCAGAGAGGAUUAUUCUCACUCCCAGACAGUUCCACUCAACAAUGGCGAAGCUUCUUUUUCUACAGACUUCUCACCUCGCCUCUCCAAUACACCGCUGCGCCGUUACCGCAAUCCUCUCCGUCCCCAAGCCCCUUCCGAUUCCUUCCUCACUCCCUCGCCUUCUUUUUCGAUGCCAUUAUCGUCAUAUCGGCCUCGUAGCGCUUUCUUCUCCCUCCUCGCUUCGCGAACCUUCUAGAAACUUAAAGGCUCAAGCCUUCGAUUCCUCCUCCUCGGAAACAAAGACCGGAGACGAAAAAGAGCAGCGAUUGGAGAAUGACUGUAAAGAAAAUGACUCUGAGAUUAAGGUUAAUAGUGAGGCAGUGAAAAUUUCUGAUGAGGAGUAUCCAAGCGGUGAGUUUCAGUUUGAGAAGCCUGGGAUAUGGAAGACCUUCGUCGUCAAGCUUCGGAUGCUAGUUGCUUUACCCUGGGAACGUGUCCGCAAAGGCAGUGUUCUCACCAUGAAAUUGCGCGGCCAGAUAUCUGAUCAGCUAAAGAAUCGUUUCUCUUCUGGGCUUUCUCUUCCUCAAAUUUGUGAAAAUUUUGUUAAAGCAGCUUAUGAUCCUCGUAUUUCUGGUGUCUAUCUCCACAUUGAUUCCUUGAACUGUGGUUGGGCAAAAGUAGAAGAAAUUCGAAGACACAUUUUGGAUUUUAGGAAAUCAGGUAAAUUCAUUGUGGCAUAUGUUCCUGUUUGUCGAGAGAAGGAGUAUUAUCUUGCCUGUGCUUGUGAAGAGAUAUAUGCCCCUCCAAGCGCUUAUUUUUCUUUGUUUGGUUUUACAGUGCAAGCAUCAUUUAUUAGAGGUGUGUUAGACAAAGUGGGAAUUGAACCACAAGUGGAAAGGAUUGGUAAAUACAAGAGUGCUGGUGAUCAACUUAUUCGUAAAACCAUGUCCAAGGAAAACUGUGAGAUGCUAACUGCAUUGCUUGAUAACAUAUAUGGGGCUUGGGUGGAUAAAGUCUCUUCCGCAAAAGGAAAGGAAAGUGAAAACGUUGUGGAAUUUAUUAAUGAAGGAGUAUUCCAAAUAGAAAAACUGAAAACUGAUGGUUGGAUAACUGAUAUACAAUAUGAUGACGAGGUCUUGCAGGUUAUCUCGAAGUUGAAGGAGAGACUAGGAGUGCAGAAGGAUAAAUUUCUUUCCCUGGUUGAUUACAGGAAAUAUUGUAAGGUUAGGAAAUGGACGCUGGAUUUAUUAGGUGGUAAAGAUCAAAUAGCUUUAAUUAGAGCCUCAGGAAGUAUUAGUCGCGUACGGGGUCCUUUAAGCUCUCCUGGUUCAGGAAUUGUCGGGGAGCAAUUGAUUGAGAAGAUUCGUACUGUGAGAGAUUUGUAUGAUUUUCUUGUCGAAAUUGUUGCAAGUCAUCUCCAUUGUCUCUGUGAAAUCACUUAUAUCAAAGGCAACAUUCAUUAUGAGGGUUUUUGGAGGAGAAAAACCAUGGAGUCUAAAAGAUAUAAAGCUGCUAUUAUCCGAAUUGAUAGCCCUGGUGGUGAUGCUCUUGCUUCUGAUUUAAUGUGGAGAGAGAUCAGACUAUUGGCUGCAUCAAAACCUGUAGUUGCAUCCAUGUCUGAUUUGGCUGCAAGUGGAGGAUAUUACAUGGCAAUGGCAGCAGAUACCAUUGUUGCAGAAAAUCUAACCUUAACUGGAUCAAUUGGAGUUGUGACAGGGAAAUUUAACCUUGGAAACCUUUAUGAGAAAAUUGGCUUCAACAAGGAGAUCUUAUCAAGGGGAAAAUAUGCUGAACUUCUUGCAGCUGAAAAUCGACCUUUCAAGAUCUAUCAUCGGGGAGGAUGAUUGGCAGUGCUAGGAUUCAUGACGGACUUUAUUUCUUUCAAAUAUCGCAUCUAAUAAAAGAGCCCUCUUCUCUGCUAUGUUUGGUUUCAAGUUCUAUGUCUAAUUCUUGUUCACCAUAUGUUUCAAACGUUGUUUCAAAUCCAAAUUCUAAAACAAUUAUGUUGUGGCAAUGUUGCCUUGGGCAUCCAAAUUUUUUAUAUUUAAAACAUUUAUGUCCAUCUUUUUUUGUCAAUAAAAAAGUUGUUGAUUUCCAUUGUGAUAUCUGUCAAUUUGCCACACACACGUGUUUCUUUUCCUCAAAAAAUAUUUACACCUUCCAAUCCAUUCUCUCUUGUUCAUAGUGACAUAUGGGGACCCUUCAAGGUCAAUAUUCUUAUGGUAAGCGAUGGUUUAUCUCAUUCAUCGAUGAUCAUACACGAAUCACUUGAGUCUAUCUUCUCAUAAAUAAGUCUGAAACAUGUCAAGCUUUUCAUAACUUUCAUCAUAUGAUCCAAACACAGUACCAAACAUCUAUUAGAAUACUUCGUAUCGACAAUGGUAUUGAAUAUUUCAUGUUCACUAUGCAUUUAAUUAUAGGAAAUCAAAUCCGGUGAUUUGAUUAUGGUUGUGAAUCCAUAGUUUCCUCAUUUAGAGGAUUUGUAAAUUAAUUUUAUUUAUUACGUGAUUGAGGAUAUUGUCUGUAUAAACCCUAUUAUAUAUGUGUACAAAUUGUAUUGUAAAAGAUAUACAGAAAUGAAAAAAACAAUCGUUUCUCACCAUUUUCUAUAGAGGGGAUGAAAAGUGAUAUAAGGAAAUAUGUAGAGGAGCGCGUGGUGUGUCAAUGGAACAAAUAUUCGACUUUGGCACCAGUGGGGUUGUUGCAACCAAUUCCACUCCCAAGGCUGGUUUGGGAAGUACCUAAUUCCAGCACUUUUGAAGUGGGUUUAGAUUAGAAAAGAGCAGACCCAGAUGACUUCACAAUGGCAGUGUACCAAACUAACUGGGAAGUAUUGAAGGAAGAACUGAUGGAGGUAUUUAGAAGGUUCUCAGGAGAUGGAAUCAUCCAAGGAAGUAUGAAUGAAACAUACAUGUGCCUCAUACCCAAAAAGUUAAACAGUUGCAAGAUCAAAGAGUAUAGGCCAAUCAGUCUAAUUACUAGUCUGUACAAGAUUAUUUCCAAGGUUCUGUCCUACAGGCUGAGGGGGGUUCUUGCUGACACAAUAUCAGAAGCUCAGGCUGCUUUUGUAGAUAGCAGGUUGAUUUUAGACUCGGUUUUGGUAGCUAAUAAGGCUGUGGAGGAAUACAGAAGUAAAGGAAGAAGUGGAUUGGUAUUCAAAAUCGAUUUUGAGAAAACUUAUGACUAUGUUGAGUGGGACUUCCUAGAAUUGGCAUUAGCAAAAAAGGGCUUCGGACAGAAAUGGAGAUGGAUGAGGGGCUGUUUAUCCUCGGUCUCAUACUCUGUCUUCAUAAAUGGGAGACCUAGAGGGAAGUUUUUCGCAACCAGAGAGGUCUUAGGCAGGCUGAUCCCCUAUCCCCGUUCUUGUUCACUGUUGUGGUGGAUAUUUUAGGAAGAAUGGUUGAUAGAGCCGCUGAGUCAUCUUUGCUCCAUGGAUUCCUCAUUGGGAGAGAGAAGGUCACAGUACGUCACCUUCAAUUUGUAGAUGAUACGGUGUUCUUUGUGAAAGAUGAGAGUUCAAUUCAGAACCUGCUAGACAUUUUGAAGGUUUUUUGUGCUCUAUCAGGGAUGAAAAUUAAUUUGCACAAAAGUCAGUUACUUGGGUUGAAUAUGGACGUGGAGGCAGUUGAAUCUUUGGCUCGAAACAUAGGAUAUGAAGAGGGUCAAUGGCCUAUGAAAUACUUGGGAUUACCCUUAGGGGGAAAUCCUAAGAAGCUAGCGUUUUGGAACCUGUGGUGGCCAAAUGUGCCAGCAGGCUUGAUGGAUGGAAGAGUGCUUACCUGUCUAGAGGGGGCAGGUUGACUCUAACUCAAUUUGUUCUCUCGUCUUUACCAAUAUAUUAUCUUUCGCUGUUUAGAGCACCCAAAAUCAUUAUAAACACUCUUGAGAAAAUAAUGAGGGUUUUCUUUUGGGAAGGAGGUGAAUUGUUAGGCUCAGAACACUUGGUGGCUUGGGAAACGGUGUGUAAACCUAGAUUUCAAGGUGGACUGGGUAUAGGUCAUUUGGAGUGGAGAAACAGAACAUUCCUCAUGAAAUGGUUGUGGAGAUUUCCAUUAGAAGAUAGAUCCUUGUGGCAUAAAGUGAUAAAAAGUAGAUAUGUGGUUAUUGAUAAUCAUUGGGAUACCAAAAGAGGGGAAAGAUUGUCUUACAAAGGCCCGUGGAAAAGUGUUGCGGCACUAUAUGAUGAUUUCCUAAGAUUGCUACGUUUCAAGGUGGGUAAUGGUGAGAGGAUCAGAUUUUGGGAGGAUAUAUGGGUAGGAGAUGUUGCCUUAAAGGACUUAUUUCCUGAUUUGGCACUGAAAAAUAUGGUGAAUGAAUUGUAUUUUUAUUCAAUAGAAUAUUAUGUAUUUAUAUACAAAAUUAGAGAGACUAAAUAGGAAACUAACUAAAUACAAUUAACUCUAAUUUCUACAACUAAUAUACAGUUAAUAUAUUCUAACACUCCCCCUCAAGCUGGAGCAUAAAUGUUAAUCAUGCCCAGCUUGUUACAAAGAUAAUCAACCCGCACCCCAUUCAAAGCCUUUGUAAAAAUAUCUCCUAAUUGUUCUCCAGUCUUCACAUAUCCUGUGGAGAUCAGGCCUUGUUGAAUUUUCUCACGAACAAAAUGACAAUCAAUCUCAAUGUGCUUAGUUCGCUCGUGGAACACAGGAUUUGAGGCAAUAUGAAGAGCAGCUUGAUUAUCACACCACAAUUUUGCUGAAACUGAAGUCUUAAACCCGACUUUAGUCAAAAGCAGAUAAAUCCAUACUAUCUCACACACAGACUGUGCCAUAGCUCUAUAUUUUGAUUCUGCACUGGAUCUAGACACAACAUUUUGCUUCUUACUCUUCCAAGAGAUUAGAUUGCCCCCAACAAAGACACAAUAACCUGAAGUGGAUCGUCUAUCUACCUUGGAGCCUGUCCAAUUUGCAUAAGAGAAACACUCAAUCUGGGUGUGUCCAUGAUCCUUGUAAACAAUACCUCGUCCUGGUGCUCCUUUCAAGUAACACAAAAUUUGCUCUAAUGCUGCCCAAUGAUGAAUUGUUGGAGAAGACAUAAACUGACUAACAACACUAACGGAGAAUGCAAUAUCUGGACGAGUCACAGUUAGAAAAUUUAACUUUCCAAUCAAUCUGCGAUAUUUCUCAGGAUCUUCAAAUGGUUCCCCAUCACGUGUAAGAUGCACAGCUGGAUUCAUUGGAAUACUACAAGGUUUUGCUCCCAAUUUUCCUGUCUCAAUUAACAAAUCAAGUGCAUACUUUCUUUGAGACAGAAAAAUACCUUGUUUACUCCGAGUAACUUCAACUC